AGCUCUCGGGGAGUUGUGUGUUGGCUCACUCGUCUACACGCCCUCAUAUAUACAUACACGAUAAUUAUUGCGAUUGGAGCUUUUGUAAUUUGCAAAGGUCCGCUCGUUUGUUAUAGCACCGAUGCUUUUGUCCCCGUGCACGGGUAGGCAGGCCCGAUUAAUCAAGUGCUAUUUAUUGUUAUCGUUGUUGCCGAUCACGUGAUUUAAAAAAACAAAAAAAGAAAAAGAAACAGAAGGAGGACACGAUAAGGGCACUGAUAUCAUAAUAUGUGCAACAUCGGUAGUAACAGUGACUGCGAACCGUGUGUCGAAAUUUCCAGGACAUAGACGGCGAGAGAGCUCGGACGAACCUGUGGUGAUUUGAAAAAAAAAAAAAAAAAAAAAUAGGAGUAGCAACGGAAGGACGUUGGUUUGGAGUUGUAGUAAAGGAUAAUGUCCAGCAGCGUGUGCCACGCUCCACUCCCGGCCAGGAUGGAAGCCUUCACCACGAGGAUCUGCUUGCGCGCCGUCGAUCAAUACGAGAAGAUACUACAGUCGCACUUCAAUAAGCCCUCGAACGGCAAAGAGUCAUCGUCAUCAGCGACGAAGGAGCAUCAGCGACGACUCAAAAAUGCCGCGGGUAACGUUUUCCAGUGGAGGCGCAACAACAACAACAACAACAGCAACAACAACAACAGCAACAACAGUAGAAACAACAGCAACCAUAGCCAUAACAAUCGAUCGAGCAGCGCUGGCUCGCCCAGGCCCGUACACUGUACGAUCCUCGAGGCCAUCGUCAACAACAACCGAACGACAAAGUGCGGCGACAACUCGACGGGCACGACUAUAAACGGCCAGACGGCGACGAUAGCCACGGCCGUCGCGAUGAAGGCGGCCUCGGCCUGGCCACCCUCCGAUCGGGUCGCCCUCCAAAAACUCGAGCAAUUUCCCCUGGUGCUCUCCGACGCCAGCAUGCCCGAGGAGGACCUGUCCCUCAAGUUCCUCGCACUGAACGCGCUGGACCUGACCGCGCCGGCGAGCGACGUGCUGCUGAAGAACAGACUCAAGUCCUGGUUCCAGCUGUCCGGGCACCCGGACGACUUUGCGCCGGCCGGCCCGGGCACCGUUUGGAAGAGGCGAAACGGCGGCCCGGACGAGAACACGGAGCGCAUGGUCUACGAGGCCCUCAGCCGGGACGAGACCCUCAAGGACUGCAUCCCUAGGUACUACCGGGAGGUCGAGUACCGGGGUGAGACUUUCAUAGAGCUGCAGGAUCUGUUGUUCGGCUUCACGGAGCCCCACGUGAUAGACAUCAAGCUGGGCACGCGCACCUUCCUCGAGUCCGAGGUGUCCAAGACGACGGCCCGGCCGGAUUUGUACCGGAAAAUGGUGGCGGUCGACCCGAGCGCCCCGAGGCCCGAGGAGCACGAGCGCGGGGCCGUGACGAAGCUGCGGUACAUGCAGUUCCGGGAGGAGCAGAGCUCGACCCGCAGCCACGGCUUCAGGAUCGAAGCGAUGAAGCUGCCCGGGGCCCCGCCCAUUACCGAUCUCAAGAGGGUCAAGUCGCACGAGCAGGUCCUCGGGACCCUCAAGCUCUUCCUGGGCAGCAGGAAGGACACCAGGUGCCGGCUGCUCGAGAAACUCGUCGAGCUCAGGCGCAGGCUCGAGCAGUCCGAGUACUUUCUCACGCACGAGGUGAUCGGUAGCAGCGUUUUCAUGAUCUACGACAACGACAAGGUCGGCGUUUGGCUGAUCGAUUUCGCAAAGACGUCCGAGGUGCCGAGCGGCAUGAGACUCACCCACCGAAGGGAGUGGCAGCAGGGCAACCGCGAGGAAGGCUUCCUGCUGGGCCUUGACAACCUCAUCUCCGCUCUCGAGGAGAUCGAGUAAAUUAGUUUUGCCGAACCGACUGACUUUGUACAUAUUAAGCGCGUAUACAUACAUAUACCUUCUUAUUUAUUUUCUUCUGUGUACAUAGAAUAUCAUUUAUCGCGUCGUUUUCUUUUUUUUACGCGUGUGGCAUAUUCUAAUGUAUAUCGGACCUACUACAUUUUGAUUCUGGAUCGCAGUUUUUUUUUU